AGCGAUUUCCUUUAGCCGAACUGGGUGCAGCACUAGUGCAAUAAUUGUUCAACAUCGUAGUGCAGCACUUUUUGUUCCGAGUGCUGCAGCACUAGUGCAAUAAUUGUUCAACAUCGUAGUGCAGCACUUUUUGAUCCGAGUGCAAAUAGUUCCGCACCUUGCUUAAGAUUGGUAAAACUGUAGAAUUUAAAAUUAAAUGACAUGUGACAUAAAUCACUAGAAAUGUCAAAACUAGGGGUUCUAGGGAAUUUAAGCUCCUCCCUAAAUUUCUUUUAGUUUACAAAAUUUACCAAAAUGGGUAAAGUAAAGUGCUCAGAUUUGAGAAACAAAGACAAAAAGGAGCUGACCAAACAGCUCGAUGACCUUAAAAAGGAACUCACCAGCUUGAGGGUGGCCAAAGUUACUGGAGGUGCUCCUUCAAAACUGUCCAAAAUCCGUGUUGUGCGUAAAGCCAUCGCCCGUGUAUACAUUGUUAUGCACCAGAAACAAAAGGAAAACUUGAGGAAACUGUACAAAAACAAAAAGUACAAGCCUUUGGACCUCAGACCCAGGAAGACCCGUGCUAUCCGUCGUGCCCUUUCCUCGCACGAACAGAAACUGAAAACUCCUAAAGAAAUCAGGAAAUUGUCUGCUUUCCCACCAAGGAAAUUUGCACUUAAGGCUUAGAGGAUUUUUUUAAUUUAAUAAAAUGUUUAAAAACUA